CUCCAACCCUGGUUCAAAGUUUAAUUGCACACAUCAGGACAGUUGGAUAAGAGUGUCUUGAAAAGAACCUGAACAGAAGAUCUUGCUUUUUGUGUCAGAUCAGUGCAUUUUGUCGGCCGCCACUUUUCUAUUUUCCUUAGGAUUAAUUCUGCACUGGAGAGAUUCACGCCUUGUAACGAGUUUGUUGCAGCACCCGAGAGCUCCACAGCUCAGAUUCUGCUCCCACUUUCAGGGGUCUGCUUUCCUGGCAUUUCCUGCAGUUACAGGCUUUGCAGCUUCACAGACAGAAGAUGCCGCCGAAUAUGUUGGCAGUUUUCCGCGCCGCUGCUCUGCUGACCAAGACUGGGAGACUAGGAGUGCAGAGAGCUUGGACACCGUUUUUAGCAGCUCAGCCCAACCGUGCCAUCCAUGCAGACAGUCCACCCAAUGUACCAACCCUAACUACCAGCUAUGCCCAUGGUGUCUCCUCUUUCUCCCUGCAGUCUUUAACUGUGGGAAAGGCCCUGCAGGUCACAGCGGAGCGGUGGCCUGACCGUGAGGCUGUGGUGUUCGUGCAGAGUGGAAUUAGGAAGACCUUUGCUCAGUUCCAACAUGAUGUGGAUCAGGCAGCAGCAGGUCUUUUGGCUCUGGGCCUGAAGAAAGGAGACCGAUUAGGGAUGUGGGGACCCAACACGUAUGAAUGGCUUCUAAUGCAGUUUGCCACAGCCAAGGCUGGUAUCAUUAUGGUGUCAGUGAAUCCAGCCUAUCAACCGCAAGAGCUGGAAUUGGCAUUGAAAAAGGUCCAGUGCAAAGCAAUUGUAUGUCCCACACAGUUUAAGACACAGAGAUACUGUGACAUGUUGAGGCAGCUCUGCCCUGAGAUGAAUACUGCCCCUCCUGGAGGGAUAAAGAGUUCCAGAUUCUCAGAACUGAGUACGGUUAUUGUGCUGGACAGUCAGCAGCCUGGGACAUUUCACUGGAAUGAUCUAAUGCAGGCUGGGAGCAGCGAACACUACCAGCAGCUGCAGGACAUCCAGAAGCAGCUGUCCUUUGACGAUCCUGUUAACAUCCAGUUCACAUCGGGAACUACUGGAAGUCCAAAAGGAGCUGCCCUGUCUCACCACAAUAUCGUCAACAAUGCCUACUUCAUGGGCCUGCGUGUGGGAUUUGAGUGGAGGAAAGAUGUUCGGGUGUGUUUGCCAGUGCCACUGUAUCAUUGUUUUGGUUCAGUGGGUGGGGGGAUGGUGAUGGCAGUGCAUGGAAUCACGCUGGUCUUUCCCUCCACUGGAUAUGAUGGACGUGCUAACCUGGCAGCCAUACAGACAGAGAAGUGCACAUUUGUCUAUGGUACUCCUACUAUGUACGUAGAUAUGCUAGGUCAGCCUGACUUGGCCGAGUUUGACCUGUCAUCUAUUAAAUCUGGAAUUAUGGCUGGCUCUCCCUGCCCUGCUGAAAUAGUAAAGAAUGUGAUCAAAGUCAUGGGCAUAAAGGAUAUGGUGAUUGCAUAUGGCACCACUGAGAACAGUCCUUUGACUUUCAGCGGCUUCCCUGUUGACAGCAUGGAGAGAAAGGCAGAAACUGUGGGAUGUAUCUAUCCUCACACUGAGGCGAAGGUGGUUGACCCUACAACAGGAACCAUUGUUCCUCUAGGAGUUCAAGGAGAGCUAAUGAUCAGAGGAUACUGUGUCAUGCUAGGAUACUGGCAAGAGGAGGCCAAAACCCAAGAAUCCAUCACUAAAGAGGGCUGGUACAAGACUGGUGAUAUUGCCAGUUUGGACAAGUAUGGUUACUGCAAAAUAGAGGGACGACUCAAAGACAUGAUCAUCCGUGGAGGAGAAAAUAUCUACCCUGCUGAAAUUGAACAGUUUCUGCACACACAUCCAAAAGUCCAGGAAGUACAGGUGGUUGGGGUGAAAGAUGAGAGAAUGGGUGAAGAGAUAUGUGCCUGCAUCAAAUUGAAGGCUGGGCAAGAAUGCACUGUGGAGGAGAUUCAGGCCUACUGCAGAGGCCAGAUUGCCCAUUUCAAGAUCCCACGCUAUGUGACUUUUGUUGAGAGCUAUCCUCUUACUGUCUCAGGCAAGAUCAAGAAGAACAACCUGCGGGAGCAGAUUGAGAAACAGCUGGGACUGUGAAUGGAAGGAAAGGCGUGCCAUGUUUUUAAACAGAGGAAAUGCCAGAAAGUGAGCCUGAGAUAUUGAUAUGCCACUUAAUAACCUUAAUUUCUCUCUUAAUAUCUCUAUAUGUUACAUCUUUAUUCACAUUCAAAGUAUAUUCAGUGAUUUAGACACCCAAGUGGUAACCCUGAUUUGAUUUUACACAGAUGAACUAGGAGAGAUACUGUUCUAGAUACAGAAGGUAAUAAAUCAGUAGAAUUAUGUUUGAGGGAUUUUAGUGGGCAAUGAAAUCCCCUCCUAUGUCCUGAUUAGGUGAUCUCUUGAACCUUCUAAAAUGCAACGUUUAAGAAACUAAAUAUGAAUGAUGUAUACCAUGUUAAUGUAAAAAACAUUUAAAAUCACUGUAUGGUUUUAACGACUUUUUGCAUAUAUUCAAUAUUAUAUUUCUCAGUGGCAAGGAGUAAACCUUUAUAUUGUUUUCCA